GAAAUUCGAUAGGGCAAGCUACAGUAGAUCAAAUUCGAUAAAGAAAGCAGUUGUUUAUUUGGCAAAAAGUGUGCGGAAAUGGCUUGUUUUUCCAGAAGAUUUCUCGUCUCGUUUCUGAUUUUGCAUCUUGUUGCAGGUAGCGUAAGAUUUGCGCUUUCGCGGGACGAAAUUUUGCAAAACCUGUGUCUGAAUUCCAUAUUGCAUAAUUUGUUAUUUGUGUGCAUAUUUUUGUGUCGAAUGUCAAAUUAAAAUCUACAUAUUUGGGUUUAGUUUAUAUUGUUGUAUGUUACGAGAUAGACUUCAUGUGUGCUUAUAUUAUAUUUAUAUUAUUAUUAUUUAUAUUAUUAUUAUAUAAACAUUUUAUAACAUUGUGAGAUUUCAAUUUAAAAGUAAUGACCUUUGCAAUUGGAAUUUGUAAGGGGAGGGUUGUGUCAGGUAAAUUGAAACCCAGCAAUCUUCGUCUAGGUUUGAUUCCAGCCAUUGGGUGCUGCCUUCCUCUCAAUGGAAUCUUGCCUAUAAUCUUCAUCACAAACUGCAGAAAUCUGCCAGAAAGGGUCUUUACAUAACAUGUGUUUGAUGGACCUUUGUUUCGAGUAAUGUCAUUAUAAACUUGGCAUCUGGUGUCUUAAUCUCUUAAUUAAUAACAUGCUAGCAUCCACCCCCGCAACAAUGCCUGUGAGUUAGUCAAACCAGCGGAACACUUGGCAUGAUAAAAGUGACAUCCACUCAUGAUAAAAUGAUCAGAAAGGUCCAAAUCCCACUGUUCUCAAUGCAAUCCAGCAUUCCAGCCACUUGUCUUAACAUAUUGGAACAGUUAGCAUUACAGCUCAGUAGAUGGUGGUCAAACUUCAGAAAUUUUGACAUUUAUAGAAGCAAAAAAGUGAAAGUACAUCUCUCAAUUCUAUUUAUUUUCCCCAAAAUACAAGAGUACUACAUAUCACAAAAAGUAUUAAUCACACUCUGAUAACAGCAUGUUGACCACCAUCCGCUGCACGAUAGUGCUAUAGCGAAACCCACCCCUAUGUACUACUAAUAAAAAUGAUAAAUUUAUAGGGAAUGGUUUCCUUGUUGGCAUAAGAUCUGUGUUAGGAAUUGAUGCUGAUGCGAUCCAAGCUUUUUCCUCUCCAUUCUCAAGUUCUCCACAGCAAGACAGGUAGAAAAAUACGUAGAGAAAUUUAAGACGUUUUGUGUCUCUAAACAUGCAUGUUUUUUAGUUCCCGUGAUGUUAAGCUUGGCAUGGACGAGGCUUACCUGAAGGUGAAAUCAGUGGAUCAUAUAUUAGUUAAAGAAUUCCUAGUGGUGUCUGGUGUUUCUGAUAACUGCUAUAAAGUGAGUAAAUGUGUAUUUUCAUUUUAAUAAUUUAUAUAUUGGUGGACUUCAGUAGGUACUGUAGGAGUGUAGACGCCUGAUGAUGGUAAACUACACAAAUGUUAUCUCUUUUAGGAGCAAGAAAAUUAACUAUGUCUCUCAAUUCAAUUUAGUAUUCAUGUAUAUUCUAUAGUGUCCUCUCCAACAGUUAGAGCAAGUUUCUUACUACAACAACACACAAGGUUUUAUAAUGGACACAAGAUGGCCAUUUCGGCUUUUUGUUCAUGCAAGUCGGGACAUUUUGAAGAACUGCAGUAUAACAUUUCAUUUUGGAGAAUCUGGGCACUACUUGUAUGAAGCAAAGUUUGAUGUAAUCAAGAAUAUGACUGAUCUUUGCUGUGCAAUGGUUGUGAAUAAAAAACCUGUCAACAGUAAUAUACGUAAGUAUGUUGGUCAUGAAAAAGUGCAGGCAACUCCUUUGUAUGAUUUGUUUAGUUUUGUUUGUUAUUUCUUGUUUUUUUCUUUUGGGUUUCAUUUUUUCUUUUGGGUUUCUUUUUCUCAGCCAUUUUGGUCGCUGCUGCCAUACUGUUUGGUUUAGUUCUGUUAGUAUUGUUCAUCAAAUGGAUUAGAAGGUAAACUCAGUGUUACCAGAAAGCUUUGGAUUGAUAGGGAUUCAACAAACUGAAAAAUAAAACGUUUUGAGCAACGGCUUAAAUUACUUUCAUUUGCUUUCCUUGUAGAACAUAUCUGAAAAGUUUCAACCCUGUUGUCUAUUCCAACUCGCACUUGGCCUCGGUGAGUGUGACGUAGUUUAUCAUGUAGAUAACAUUUGAUUCAAGAGCAAAUAGCAAGCGAACAUUUUGUUAACCAUUACGUAAUUUUAAAGUUUGUUUUUAAGGAUUUGGGUCGUGAUAGUCAAACACACACUACUGAAACAGUCACACAGGUAUUAAACUUACUGCAAUGUAAAAAUAUCUAAAUGUUGUAAACUCUUUAUCAGGUGUAAACUGUUCAAGUCUACUGUCUGAAUGUUUGCAUUGAAAUAAAUACCAUAACAGUCAUUUGCUUUAAAAUUUAGCCUGCAAAGAAACGAUUGCAGUCACUGGAUGCUUUCAGAGGGUAAUUAAGUUAGUUUAAUAAGUAAAACGUAAUUAUGAAAGAAUGAAUUAUUGACAUAAUAUUGUAAGCACUUCUAAGCUCUAUUAAAAGUUACUUAUUAUUAAUAAUAUUUCUACAGUGAAGAUGUUGAAUGUUGUUUGUGUUUAUAUUUUGAAUCUUUACAGUUUAUCGUUGACUUUAAUGGUGUUUGUGAACUUUGGUGGAGGAGGGUACUGGUUUUUUGAACAUUCAAAAUGGAACGGUAGGUUUCUUUCUUUUAUUCAACAUGGAAGAUAAUGCUAAUAAAAACCCAUUAGAAUUACUUGAAAACCCAUUAAAAUUCAUUUCAUUGACGUUUGUUACGGUGAUACCAAGACAACGAUAGCAUGCUCAUUCCAUUUUUGUUUGCUUGAAUUAUUGAUGAGCAUAUUACAUUUUAUUUGCAGGUUUAACAGUAGCGGAUCUUGUGUUUCCUUGGUAAGCUUGUAUACUGUUUCAGUGAGCGUUACAGGACAGAGAUGGUUGUCAACUAAUUCAGAAAUGUUGACACUUUUAGAGAAAGAAAAUUAAACCACAUCUCUCAAUUCUAUUUAUUUUCCUCCAAAUACAUGCACUUGCAAGACUACUACAGUAUGAUUACGGAUUACAAUUAACAUUUCUAUAGCGCAGAUUUCCAUAUGUGGAUACGAUCAAAUGCGCUUUACAUCGAGUAUUACGCUUACCUAAUUACAUACUUAACCUAGACUAUUUUAUCUUUACCACAAAUCACAAUGGACCAAUCCCCAAUUAACCAACAUUUUGAACUCAACAAGUCUAGAGAAAAAUUUCAUCACAGCUUGAAAGAGCAUCACAAAAUUAGUAAUAUUCCAAAGUUUCGUCUUAAAAUGUUGUAAAAUGCGGAUAAUAUAGCCUUGCGAAGUUUGCAAUUUUCAAUCAUUUUAGAUUACAAACGGGAAAUGGUUACCACUUCCGUGCGUAAUACAAAAUGACUGAAAAUUACAAACUUCGCAAGGCUAUAUUAUCCACAUUUUACAACAUUUUACAACGAAACUUUGGAAUAUUACUAAUUUUGUGAUGCUCUUUCAUUCUGUGAUGAAAUUUUGUCUAGACUUGUUGAGUUCAAAAUUUUGGUUAAUUGGGGAUUGGUCCAUUGUGAUAUUACUUUCUUAACUGUGUUUAUCCUAACCCACCCUGUCAACUUUCCCUGUGAGAGGAAACCAGAGCACUCGGAGAAAACCCACGACUUUCGGCAGAGCGUUGACCGACUCUUUUCACAUGAGUCCAUAGCGAGAAUCAAACCCACGAACUCAGAGGUGAAAUGAUGAAAAGAGUUAACAUAAAAACCAAUCUGUUAUAGCAACUGUAUAUUUACUCUACGUAAUCUUCACACGUAUUUUGUAGGUUUAUUUUUAUCAUGGGAGUUUCGUUGGCAAUUUCAUUUCGAAGUUUGCGUCAAAAAGGUGUUGGAAAGAUUCGUAUUUUUAUAAAAAUAAUACGACGUACAUUCAUUCUGUUCGCCCUUGGUUUGCUGUUGAAUAAAGGUAAAUUAGAUACACAGUCGCUUGACUUCUGUCUUUCAGCGGCGGCUCUGUGACCGACGUCUGAUUCCUGCAAUAUGCAGUUGUCUGAUUAUAAUUUCACUUCAGUCACAUGUGAGACGAAUGCUUCCAGUUUGACUCUACCAAACAUCACAGAUUCUCUCUGGAAAAUAAAGAUGCCUGGCUCAUACCUCUCAGGGAGUACAGUUUAGAACUGACAAAGCUAUCCAGUAUAAAUAAAGUUAGUUUAGUUUAGAUUUCCUCCUGUAGUAACACUGGAUCAAUAAGAGAUUAUCCUUGCUGGAUCUCUGGGAAGAACAGUUUAGAACUGAUAGAGCUAUCCAGUGUAAAUAAAGUUAGUUUAGUUUAAAUUUCCUCCUGUAGUAACACUGGAUCAAUAAGAGAUUAUCCUUGCUGGAUCUCUGGGAAGAACAGUUUAGAACUGAUAGAGCUAUCUGGACAGUAUAAAUAAAAUUAGUUUAGUUUAGGUUUCCUCCUGUAGUAACACUGGAUCAAUUAAGAGAUUAUCCUUACUUGACCUCUAGGGAGAACAGUUUAGAACUGAAAGAGCUAUCCAGUGUUUAGUUUUAACUCUAUAUAAAAUGUUUAUCCACUCAGGCACAGACUUAAACUUCUACCGUAUUCCUGGAGUUCUCCAGAGAUUUGCAUUCUCCUAUUUCGUUGUGGCCUCACUAGAAUUGUUUCUACGUCAUUCAACUGAACUCGCACCUCAGGUAAGAACAACUGGAGUGCCUUAUUUACGCUCACUGUGUUAUAAGGUUUAAUGACCCAAUUUUCCUUUCUAGAGCGUUUGGUGGUUCACAAUUCGUGAAGUGAUUGAACUGUGGAAAGAAUGGGUUGUGAUGUUUGUACUUGUCACGAUUUACUGUGUUUUAACAUACGCUAUUCCCGUACCAGGCUGUCCCACGUAUGUAUAUCUUCAUCAGAUAACACAUUUUAUACCCAGCGAAUCCACAUUUUCAGAUACAAUAACUUACAUGCAUGCCAAGUUACUUGUUCUGAUAAAGCAUAUUAUUAUGUAGAGAGUGAGAUACUGACAAAUACACAGUGAGAUAUUUUCCAUAUCUUCACUAGUGAAAAUAUCGAUCACGUGACAAUUUGACAAUUUGCUUUCCAGCGUGAAAUUUCACAAUUUUUUGCUUGGGCUAUAUAAUAAACAGAACAUUACACGGUGGCUUGAAGAUAUGACUUUUAUCUCCUCGUGUUAAAAACAAUAUUUUACUCACUCUCUGCGCUCGUUCGUAAAAAAUUGUUUUCACCACUCGAAGAUAAAAAUCAUAUCUUCGCACCGCCGUGUAAUAUCCUCUAUGAAUGAAACAAAGCUAACCAACGAAAUAUCAGACAUGAUUUGUUUCCGAAACAAUUUCCAGUGUAGAUAAGGCUAUUCUGGAUAGUUUAUCUAGGCCUUUUUGUUUUCUAGGGGAUAUGUUGGACCUGGAGGGAUAGGUGAGGGAUAUCCAGAAGCUGAGAACUGCACAGGAGGGAUGGCAGGGUACAUUGAUAGCAAACUGUUUGGUGAGAAUCAUAUUUAUGGACAUCCGACUUCAAAGGUAAUCCAUCUUGGGUUUUUCAGCUAAACUAACAACUGCAUAUUUCGGGAAUCAGUGGCCACAGAGAUGAAAGACACCACCAACACCCUUAGCUUAACGUUUGAUCUAUCACAAAAAUAAAAUUUAAUCCAAUCUUUGAUAUUUUAGAAGUUGUACCUGAGCACCGUACCGUACGAUCCUGAGGGCGCACUGGGUGCGGUGACGUCAGCAUUUUUAACAUUCCUUGGUCUGCAAGCUGGGAAAAUCAUUGUUAAUCACGCUGACCACAUUGAACGAGAGAGACGUUUAAUAUCCUGGGGUCUUAUACUGGUAACACAUAGUUAUUAUAGAACUUUUGGGGAAGCAUGGAAAACUAUCUCAAAAAUAAGAACGUUGCCGACAGCCGAGUGUUUUAUAUCUGAUUAAGGCACGGACUGUGAGCGUUGUAAAUGGCUUAAAAAACGACCCAUCUUAUGAGUUCAUUGACGAAGUAAUUUAACCACCGACACAUCAGUGAUUUCCUUUGUCUUUUCCUCAUGAUUUAUUAAUGAAUUUUUACAUUGAAUAACUUAUUUUAUUAUAUAAACAUAAGUGUUAUAUAGAGUUUUUGGCCACUGAGAAAAAUCAUAUUUAAACACACGUAAAAAAUACGAUAUUUUUACGUGUGAAAAUAUUAUUUGCUGUAAAACGCAUUGCCACGGACGUUUUAUUGUUUUUCACUGAAUUUUGUAUAUAUAAUAAACAGAUGCGCUCACUCGUGAGAUAUCAUGUUCAACACGAGAAAUAAAUCUGGUAUUUCCAAGCACCCAUGUAUUAUUCUCUAUAUCUUUUUAGGGUUUUAUAGCCACCGGUUUAUGUGGUGCUUCCAAGAACGGGGGUCUGAUUCCAGUGAACAAAAAUCUAUGGUAUGGCAUUUUCCAUUAAAAACACAUUUCAAUAUUCUAUAUUUAUUUCAAUGUUUGUUAUUUCUUAGGUCAGUGUCGUUUAUCCUCACAAAUGGUUCACUGGCGUUCAUUCUGUUGGCCUUUUGUUACUUCACGAUUGACGACAAGAAAUGGUGGAAUGGGACACCGUUUAUCUUCCCCGGUAAGAUUUUGAAACUUUGUGUUCUGGACGGCCUCGCAACGUUCAAGUUCUACUUGUAUUCAGGGGCGUAGCUAGAGGAGGGGGGGGGGGGGGUUAGAGUCGGCAAAUGUCUGCUUGACUCGCCAAAUGUCUGCUAGAAUCGGCAGACAUUUGCCGAGUUAGAAUCGGCAGACAUUUUUCGGAUAUAUCGGAAAAUUGUUUUCGUGCUGAGCGAAAAUAUUUGAGUGGCUUGGAAUUAAAAAUUAUGCUAUGUAGGGAAAAAUUUAUGUAAUUUCGGAAAAAAUUAUGAUAUGUGGGGAAAUAAUUUGUGUAUUCUCUGAAAAAUUAUGAUAUGUCCGAAUGCGAAAAAAAAUUGGUGACGGGCAUGACUAGUUUUGGAACAACCGCACGAGCAAAGGAAACUUGUGAAGGAAAACUUGCUGGCCAGGGCUUACCGCUUAUUGAAACUCAUGAAUAUUUGCUAAUUCUUAGGAAUGAACUCAAUCUUAGUGUACUGUGGUCACGGGGUUCUACAUUUUUACUUUCCCUUCAACUGGGAGCUUCAUCCCCCGACGCACAGCAAGAAACUGGCGAUGAAUAUUUGGGGAGUAAGUUGCUGGGUGGUGAUUGCUUAUUACUGCUACGCCAUUGAUUUCUUCGUCAAAAUAUAGAAGAACAAGCAAGGUAUAAUGUCACAUGUAGGUUUUGUUACAACUUGUAAUUACAACGUCAUUGGUCUGGUUUUCAAGAUUUCAUAUCAGUAUACAUGACGACCACGACGUAGUCAUGACAACCAAAUGUAACCCAGUCUUUAAAGUGGCUAUGCGAGAAUUUUUUAUGAUUGAAUUGCAAAGUUAAUUUUUUAAAUCAUAAUGUAACUUUGUUUCUAAAACUUUGUUAUCUUUCCUGUAUGUCAAGAUAUCGGACUUUGUUUGGCAUGCAAAUAUGACUUAAAUGACGUGACUGCAUAAUGUAUUUUACAGAAGACUGUUUAGCUUGAUAAAGUUGUGAUUAACUCAAAUUUGCAGACGAAAUGAUAGCUUUGAUAGUUCUUAAAGUAUACUACUUUCCAUGUCAGUGGAAUUAUCACAUGUUUGGCAAGGAAACGUUUUCUUUGUGUGACAUCAGUGUGACGUCAUUCAAGUCACAUUUGCAAAUCAAACAAAGUCGAAAAUCUUGACAUACAGGAAAGAUAACAAAGUUUUAGAAAAUCAGUUACGUUAUGAUUUUAAAUGAACUUUGCAAUUCAAUCAUAAAAUAAUUCUUGCAUAUAGGCACUUUAAAUGUCACAAAGUAGAUAUGUUUUUGUAUUAGAAUCUGCUGGAGUAUUGAGACACUCAUGCCAAUGCAUACAAUAACCUAACAAUCUGAAACAAUUUAUUGCUCAAAACAGCUAAGACACAUAAUGGAAAUAUAUAAUUGUAAAAAUACUGUAUAAAGGUUCAAAUAUGAAACGCAGUAUACGAAAUAUCAAUCGUGUCGAAACAAAGGGUGAAAUACAUUACGUUUUUGAGAUUUUUUAUGGUGGAUCCAGGCAGCAUGUCUGCUCGGAACGGCUGAAUCAACAGUUCUAUCACAGGAAGUUAAAACAAUGAUUCAUUUGUAACAACUGAUGACUUCCUUACCAUCAUGCAUCUGGCAUCAAUCAUAAUUGUAAUUAAUAACAAUGUCAAGGUUACACUGAGACGUCCGCUCUUCCCAUCGACACGGAAAUACCCAAGACUGCUUUGCGAAGCUUCUGCCAACUGAACUUCUGUCAGUUCUAAACUGUUCUUCCUAGAGGUCCAGUAAGGAUCAUCUCUUAUUGAUCCAGUGUUACUACAGGAGGAAACCUAAACUAACUUUAUUUAUACUGGAUAGCUCUAUCAGUUUAAACUGUUCUUCCUAGAGGUCCAGUAAGGAUCAUCUUUUAUUGAUCCAGUGUUACUACAGGAGGAAACCUGAACUAAACUAACUUUAUUUAUACUGGAUAGCUCUAUCGGUUCUAAACGUUUCUUCCCAGAAGUCUAGUAAGAGUCAUCUCUUAUUGAUCCAAUGUUACUACAAGAGGAAACCUAAACUAACUUUAUUUAUACUGGAUAGCUCUAUCAGUUCUAAACUGUUCUCCCUAGAGGUCCAGUAAGGAUCAUCUCUUAUUGAUCCAGUGUUACUACGGGAGGAAACUUAAACUAAACUAACUUUAUUUAUACUGGAUAGCUCUAUCGGUUCUAAACUGUUCUCCCUAGAGGUCCAGUAAGGAUCAUCUCUUAUUGAUCCAGUGUUACUGCAGGAAGAAACCUAAACUAAACUAACUUUAUUUAUACUGGAUAACUCUAUCAGUUCUAAACUGUUCUUCCUAGAGGUCCUGUAAGGAUCAUCUCUUAUUGAUCCAGUGACAGUGUUACUGCAGGAGGAAACCUAAACUGAACUAACUUUAUUUAUACUGGAUAGCUCUAUCAGUUCUAAACUGUUCUUCCCAGAGGGCAGAGGCGAAAUUUUAAUCAGACAACUACGUAUUGCAGUGUUCUAAAACUUUUUGUAUAAGUUUUUUGUUAAGAUAGGUUUAAUUAACAUGAUUGAUCCGUGAAGAUGGUGCAGUGAAAUAUGUCAUUGGGUAUGUUGUCAGGUACAUGGUCUUUGUGUAUAUGAAGAAUCUUCUAUUUAUAUCUGUCUCGCACUUUCCAGAACAUUUGUGCUAUACAAAAGGCAGCUGGUUUACAACAUCGAGGUCAGACAGACGUUUGAUUGAAAAGUUAUUCAAUUUGCCUGAACGAAGUUUAUCUAAAUAUUUGAGUUCAUCACAAAGGAAUUGUACGUCUGCACUACCGCUCUUUGUUCUGCCUGUGAUGAUUUUUGGAUCGCUACCAAACCAAAGCUAAUAUACCAAACCGUUGGAUAUUUGGCAAAUUGCCUUUUAAUUAUUCAAAGGUUGCUCUCUUAUAGGUCAAGCGGCUGGAGGUGUGUACCUGGUGAUAACACGUUUCUGGCAUGAGUUUGUUAUUGUAUUGCGCAUCACAAUUUUAUAAUAGUUUGUCAAUUAACUUAUUUUUCAGACAACUUUCAACGCUUGAGUAGUCCACUCUGUGCAAAGAUUAUUGCAUUAAAUAUUCCUGCAAUUAUCGUCUUCAGUGUACUGGCGUAAAGAUGUCGACGAUUCACCUGAAGUUUGCUCUCACUGUCAUCAGCUUUCUAGCUCUCCUUACUCUGGCUUCUGCAAGUCGCUGUCGAGGUGGUUUCGACCUGUACUUCGUACUAGACAAGUAAGUUAACGAACUUCGUUCUCUAACUUGAUACUUUUAUUCAAUGUUUACGCUUGGGUCAAUGUGCUCAACUUCUCAUGACGUAGUUGUAUUUUUUUGCACAUUUCAAAUCGUCUGGCGCCGUUACCGGUACAAUUUAAAACUGUCGCAAACUAAUACAAAGUGUUGGUUCUCAGCGCAAUGUCGCUGUCUUUAAAAACACAUCUUUUCAACUUUUGUGCUAGAUUCUCACCAGCUCAUAUUGUGUAAACAAACUCAUUAGAGUUUCGAAAUUUCUAGCAAAGCGUAAGGCCCUAACUGCUAACAACUUGACCUACGAAAUUUCUCAAAAUUUCGGUUUUCUACCACAAGGCAAAUGUGAAAUAUUUUCUUAGAAAAUGUCGGCAUUGGCUUUGAUCGAUGCAGAUGCUGUAGGCCUAGCUAUAAAUCUCGCUAUGUGCUUGAAGCAUGCGUGUCUAAUCGACCUUAGGAACAAACAUAACAUGACCAACAUAUAUGUCUGUAUUGUCGCUUAUAUCACUCAAGAUCUGGUUCGGACGGAUUUUUAAAAUAACAAACCCUAGUUUCUGUUUUAUAUCUUAUCUUAUCUUUUGAUAUUAUACCUUUUGAAUUUGUUCCAAGCCGUUGUCUCGAACGUGUGACAAACGUGUGGCACAACAGAUGGUUUAUGCAUACAAUUUGCAUACUUUAGCAUCCAAAACAUGCGUUUUAUGUACAAUUUGGGUAUAUUUUACGCUUGUACUAAGGACAUCUGGCAUAGAAAGUUAUAGGUCUGGAGAAUUGGUCAAUUAAUAAUAUUUUUAGCACAAAUUUUCUGAUUUUAUCGCUCGAAGUUAUCAUAGAAGACCAACUCGACGUGUAUCAGUUUUAGCCCGAAAUAGCAGCAGUGUUAAAAGACGGACAAUUGAAUUGAGGCAUAUUGAAUAUUGUCUGCAAAUAUUGAUUCAUUAGGCUUUUUGACGCGUCUUAAAGCAUCUUUCGAUCAUCAGGAAAGAGUAAGGAGAGCGUUAGAAAUAGGUUUGGUACAGUUUAGUUAAAGUAUUUUUCGUGCCGGCGAUCCAAGAAUCAUCGUAAACUGCUGGUUUGUUGCGGGCAGUUGCAACCAAUCGGAAUAGCCCAAUACUAAUUAGGAAUUAGUUCUGAUUAGAUGUUUGUUCUAAUGACGUGCUUCUUUCAAUUAGCUGCUUGAUCUAAUUAGUUGCUAAUUCUAAUUAGCUGCUUGUUCUAAUUUGUUGCUUUUUCUAAUUAGAUACAUAUCUGUGUUUCGUGAAUACUCGCGUGCAGAACUGAUAACACUGUAAAAUAAAACGCUGCAUUACGAUACGCUUGAAAUUGUGAAACACGCUUUAUGAUAAUACGUAGAUCAGCUAGCUAGCUGCUUCAAUGAAAAGUGAAAUCUCACUUACACACAUUUGUAUUCAAAUGCCGCCGACGAAUAGCGUCAAGACGGUGACUAGGUUUCAGUUGAAAAAACAUUUGGUGGGAAAGUACAGUUGGCAUUAUGCCUGGAUGAAGUUUCGUAUUGACUUUGCAGACGACUGGCACUGCAAAACACUAAUCUAAACUUGCUUUGAUAUUUGGCUACUGAACAAGAAACAUGUACAUUUAUAUCUUUGCCGACCUUUCGGCUUCCGUCAAACAAACAAUUGUAAAUUAAUCCCAUCGAGAACAAUAUCAGUUAGCUUGACCUUCAUAACGAACUGGCAUCGUUUCUAUCGGAAUUACCUCACGAAUCGUAUAAAAACACUCUAGAAAACACCUGACACAAAGCACGGUAGCGUAUUGUAGAAUAUUCACCUACACUAGACUCGUGUAUUAUCCCCAUUAGUGACUAUUGUUCCUGCCAGUAUAAAUUUCAACUCACAUGACCUGUCAACGCUAUCAUUUUCCUUUUGUUUGAAGCUAUUAAGCCGGAAAUAUUACACGUUAAGUUGAUCUAUCAAUUCUAUUUAUUUGCAACCAACUCCCAAGUUCUAAACUUGGCCAAGACAGUGUGUCACAGUCGGCUAUCACGUCAUGACGUCAUUCCAACUGUUUUGAAGCGAAAUCCGCGUGUCUGAUACAUCAGCAUGUAUUCCUACACUUUACCUCGAAUUUCACUUGAACCCAGCAGGAAAAACAGUGAGAGAUUCUCGACGCUUCCAUUUGAAAUGAAGAUUAUAAGUAGAUUGAACAUUUUCUGAUAUAUAAGUUUGAUACGCAUGCGCAUCAACUCGUGGUGGUAGCCAGGCUUAUCCAAUUUAAGUCGCGACGACCUGACGCUAGUCUUGGUGGAGUUUCACAGAGGAUGGUUCUCAAAUAGAAUUGAAACACAGCGCGACCUCCAAGACAAUCGUCAAGUCGUUGCGAAAAUAUUUCGUGCGCUUAAAUUAGUUGUUUGUUCCAUUUAAAAGAGUUGUUGUAGUUUGACUCGAGUGUUCGACUCAAACACCGCAUGAUUCUCCGCUGGAGUGGAUUAGUGCCUUCCUACGAAGAUUAUAAAUAGAUUUUAAUGAAUUACUUCCUUCUUAUAUUUUAAUAUAACUCAUUUUGUUCGACAAUUAUCUCGAGAAGCAAUAUCCCAUUACUAUAGCGACGUCAGAUCAAGUUCAAGUCAAAACAGGAACGAAACCCUGUCAAGAAACCGGUUUCUACGAGUUUUCCCCGAAUGAAUAACUCUUCUUUCAACGCCCUUUUUAUUUAUUUAUUUAGCUUCCUCUUGACAAAAACGAUAGCUUGUUCCACAAUCGUGAUAAAACACUUGAGACCGCUAUGAGAUCAAAUGUCAUAUUAACGAGUGUUUCAAAUUUGCAUGGUUUCGCCCCUAUUACCCCCAAUUCAAUGCCUUUGUUCGAAAGCAUAUGCGGGUUAUGUGGCUAUCAAUACUGUCAACAUAUAGGGAAGGGAAGUGCAACACAUUGCGCAAUCUAAUCGAUGCCGACCCUGUUGCUACUAGACUAAUUAGUUGAUUUUUUUUCGUCUGUAAUUUGUCACUAAUUUUAACUAAAGGGCCCACAGUAAUUGGUGUAAACUGUUGUGGUGUCCCGCCUCUUGUUAUGUCUCGUGUAUAUGAAUUGUUGUACUUGUAUUGUGUACUUGUAUUGUGUAAAAUUGUGUACUUGUAUUGUGGGCCCUUUAGUUAAAAUUAGUGACAAAUUACAGACGAAAAAAAAUCAACUAAUUAGUCUAGUAGCAACAGGGUCGGCAUCGAUUAGAUUGCGCAAUGUGUUGCACUUCCCUUCCCUAGAUGUUGACAGUAUUGGAUAGUCACAUAACCCAAGUAUAUGUUUGAACAAAGGGCAUUGAAUUGGGGGGGGGGGUAAUAGGGGCGAAACCAUGCAAAUUUGAAACACUCGUUAAUAUGACAUUUGAUCUCAUAGCGGUCUCAAGUGUUUUAUCACGAUUGUGGAACAAGCUAUCGUCUUUCUUCUAUUUACCCCCUGGGGGCUUUUUCCCACUGGUUCUGGACUAGGAGCUUAUUAAAGGGGGGGGGGGGGCUAAAUAGAGGUUGCGGGCUAAAUAAAUUUUCGCGUUCUUUUAAAAAACAUAAAUUUGCAGAUUUUUGGAUAACUCCCUUUCAGGUCUUCAAGCGUGCGAUCUGAAAAUUUCAAAAUUCAGACUGUUGGAUUUGUGGAAAAAAUUGUUUCGAGUUUCGUGAGGUAUGGUUUAAUCCAUUAACUGCUUGAUAGUGGUUUUCUCCAAGUAUUCUGGUUUCCUCCUGUAGCAACACUGUAUCAAUAAGAGAUCCUUACACCUCCAGAACAAUUUAGAACUGAUAGAGCUAUCCAGUAUAAAUAAAGUUAGUUUAGUUUAGGUUUCCUCCUGUUGUAACACUGGAUCAAUAAGAGAUGAUCCUUACUGGACCUCUAGGUAGAACAGUUUAGAACUGAUAGAGCUAUCCAGUAUAAAUAAAGUUAGUUUAGUUUAGGUUUCCUCCUGUUGUAACACUGGAUCAAUAAGAGAUGAUCCUUACUGGACCUCGAGAACAGUUUAGAACUGAUAGAGCUAUCCAGUAUAAAUAAAGUUAGUUUAGUUUAGGUUUCCUCCUGUAGUAACACUGGAUCAAUAAGAGAUGAUCCUUACUGGACCUCUAGGAAGAACUUGACAGAGCUAUCCAGUAUAGAUAAAGUUUAGUUGUAGUUUAAUAUAUUUUUUAUGUUUUCUCGUACAGCUCACAGCUGCGGGUCUCUUUUAUAACGUUCUCAACAGGUGCUAAACUUGAUUUGCCACUCACGGAUAACAGGUAAAAUGGUUUGUUUCACAAAAUAACAGUUUGUUGAUAUGCUUGUUAGUGAGGAUCUCCAAGGGAUUCCAGGGAACAAGCAGUGGCGUAACGGAGGAAGAGGGGACCCUUAGGUAUAUUUGGUGGGGGCCCCUGUUGACUGUUAUCAUUGUUUGACUGAGAUAUUAUAUUUAUAUUGAAUACCUAUAGAAUGUUCUGAAAAAUUCCAUGUCUAUAACAGUAACAUUCUACCAUUGACGAUGGAGGCUUUAUUAUUUUGCAUUAUGAAUUUUGCAUUAUGAAUUUUGCAUUUUCCCAUUGAUUCUUAACCUGCAUCUUUUACGUUUCCUAAUUUAGUCUGGGUGGUAGGCCGUGGUUGAUGGGGGCCCCUAACGGUCGGGGGCCCUUAGUUUUUUAACUAACCCUACCUAAUGAGCGUUACGCCACUGGGAACAAGGCAUAUUUUGGACGGACCAAAGCCAGAAAGAUCUUAGAAGACAAGCGGGAAACAUGUAAGCUUGUGGAAUAAAGGAAAAAUUUCCAAGGAAACAGAAACACAGACUCCUCGGGAGACUCUCGUUAGUUUGUUUGUGUAUAAUUGUGUAUGUAUCUUCUAUUAACUAGAACUUUAAUAAAAUCUGGUUUACAAAAUCUUCGGAAAGUGCAAACUGGUGGUGAUACUUACAUGGAUCUUGGGCUGAAAAAGGUAAGUUCUUACAGCAAUUCAAAGAAAGUUAUAUCUUGUUCAUAAGACUUAUUUCAGAAUUUUUAUUUUGUUUUUGCCAGGCGAAUGAUCAGAUCGAGAGACUAGGUAGGUACUAUGUAACUCGGCAUGAUGUUGUAUCAGAUAUACAAACUCCUUCAGGAAUCAUGAUUUCUUUUGUGUUUUCUGCAUGAAUUAAUGAGCUUCACAGUUAAGUUUGGAAUUUUCUAGGGGAGAGAACAGCAGGAGUGAUCAUUGCUCUUACGGAUGGCCAGAUAGGAAACAGAAAAUCUCAAACAUUUCAAGAGGUCAGAAUUAUACUUUUUACAUUCAAAGAAUCCAAACGUUCUUGUUGUGAGUUUGCGUGGCGAUGAAAUGUUUAUUUCGUAUGCAAACCUGUUGAAGCCUGGAUCUUCAUAUGAAAAUAGAGAGUUUAAGAUCUACGACACGGCAAGUCAACGACGCGCCUUCAAAACAAAGAAAUCAGUCUUCUUGCAAGACAAAAAGUAUGAAUAAUUUCCGGUCCCAGUGGUGUCCUCAACAACGUUGACAUUCUGAAAACAACGUUAAGCUAAGCAUCACGUCCUUGCAGCAACGUGAAAGCUUAUUUCGACGUUAGAUGUCUUACAUAUAAAGUCAGCCUUAUAGCAAACACAUCGUUUCUCCUCAACCUAGCUGUUUGUAACGUUAUUUUAAAAAGCUUCAAGUAUUUAUUACAGUAAUCAAAGUACUUACUCAUUCUUGAGCUGAAAUUGCGUCGUCGAAUUUGCCGCCUCGUAGAUGUAAUACUAUAAAACGUGUGAAAUAAAAUCCAUAUCUUGUAUUCUUCAGGCAAGGAUAUCUCGUAUUCUGGGCGCUUCAGUCUAUGCCGUUGGCGUUGACAAAUAUGUCGAACUGGAGGUGAACUUCUUUUUAUUCAUAGCUUCUUUAUCCUUGUAUGGAUUCCAUUAUUUUUUCUUUUCUUUAUAGUUAAAAAAUAUUGCAGAUAAACCUUCUGAAGAUCACGUGUUUGUUGCAAAGAAUUACGAUGCUUUGAAGAAUAUCAUUGAUUCUGUACGUUGUUGUGAUUGGUAUUUCUACGUGCAUUGAUUUCUCGUUAGAGUUCGUUUUGACUGUUUCUGGUAAAACUUUCUUAUAGAUAAUCAAGAAAUCUUGCAUCGAAGUCCUUUCAGCAGAUCCAGCAGAAAUAUGCGCUGGAGGUGAGUAGAAAAUAAUUGCCUUCGUAUUUUAGGAAUGGUGGUAGCACAAUGGGGACAGAGCUAUCCAGUAUACAGUAUAUAAAGUUAGUUUAGCUGAAAAUCCCAAGUUGGAUUACCUGGACCUCUAAGGAGAACCUUACUGGACCUUACUGAUCCUUACUGGACCUCUAGGAAGAACAGUUUAGAACUGAUAGAGCUAUCCAGUAUAAACAAAGUUAGUUUAGUUCAGGUUUCCUCUUGUUAGUAACACUGGAUCAAUAAGAGAUGAUCCUUACUGGACCUCUAGGAAGAACAGUUUAGAACUGAUAGAGCUAUCCAGUAUAAAUAAAGUUAGUUUAGUUUAGGUUUGCUCCUGUAGUAACACUGGACCGAGAAGGGAUAAUUCUUCCUGACAUUUAAGGAGGAAAGCUUAGAAGUGAUAGAGCUAUUGAGUAUGAGCAAAGCAGGUUCAGCUUGUGUGUAUUUCAUUUACUUUCUUCUUUCUAGAGCGUUUCGACGUAACUCUUCGUGGAAAUGGUUUCACAAAAACUGACAAUAUUUCCCAAGUCCGUUGUAACUUCAAACUGGGCGACAAAGACCAGAGUAUGUGAUUCUUAGUGCGAAUUUAGGCUCGAAUGAAUCGCUUACUUGAUGAAUUUAUUUCGUAUCUUAUAGUCUCUGAGGCUACGUCCGUUAGCAGCACCGUUAUGAAAUGUUCCUGCCCCGCAAUUCCCAGUCCUGGAAGGUUUGCUUUUAUUGAUUUUAAUUUUUAUGAAUCUUUAAAUAAUCAGUUAUGUAUACAGAUAAUUAAACCAGAUUUACACUAUCAAAGUUUCUGUGAUCACAGUAGGAAUUGUGCAUAUAGAUAAAUUCAGGUAAAGUUUUGAAGGAUUUAUAAGAAAUGUUUGAGGAAACUGACUUGGUGUUUAACACCGAGACAGGUUCCUCAAACAAUUCUUACAAAUCCUUCGAAACUUAGAAUUUACCCAUGCAAAAUUCCUACUGUGAUCACAGAAACUUUGAUAGUGUAAACCUUUAUACGGCACAUUUUUCUUUCAGUAAAGUGAAUAUCCAGGUUUCUGUAAACAGUAUUAAAUACGUUUCCAGUGAUGUCAGUAUUCAGGCUAUCAAUUGUCGACCGGUGGGUUUCUUUAUUUCGUUUAUAAAUAUAUUCCUUUUUGUGAGUAUUGUUGCCUUGCCAGACCAGUAAAUUAAAUUUUCGUAAAUAAUAUUUUGUUUUUAUAGCGUAUUAAAAUGGACAACCAAACCACUUUGUGUGUCGGAGGUAAGGAGAAUUUAUUGUUUUUACUGUUAGUGGAUGCUGUUGUAAUCGUUGUCGUUGUCGUCGUUGUUGUCGUUGCUGUCGCUGUUGUUGUUGUUGUUGUUGUUGUUGUUGUUGUUGUUGUUGUGGUUGUUGUAUUUCAAACGAUUUUCUUUCUUCAGAAACGUCGGUGAUCACAAUUUCUGGUGAACAUCUCACUCACCAUUCCGACGAAUCUCGCUCGAACGUGGCUUGUCGUAUCGUGUACAAUAAAACACAUGCAGGUAAUAACACCAUGACAUCGUUUCAUGUUGGCUUCGUAUGAUCCAUUAUUAUUGCCUUGAACGGCCAGCGUAGGUAGUGGCAAUAAUAAGAAAGUUUCAGAUUGUUAGGGAUACAACUAUCUGAAAAAUACAAUGAGAACUUCGGCGUUUCGAGCGAAGGGAAGUUAGAAAUGUAAAGUUUAAAACUUUUUAUUUUUUGUAUAGUGCUAGCCGAGGUGAUUUCACUCACACCGUCUUCUGUAGAAUGUCAGAUACCAGUAUUCUCGGAAACUGGAAGGUGAAUUUUUUCUUGAAAAUCUAUCUUUUCUUCAAUUUAUGAUUUCGUUGCUUUGAGAUCAGUCAACUUUCUCAGAUUAGCUGUGAUUGAGUUCUGACAUUUGGAAUUCUUCAUUUUCCUCCAGAACCGUUGUGUUUGAAGUGACGAUGUCCAAUCAUAAGACAGUAUUGGGAAGUUUGAAGCUAACCUUGACGUCAUGUGUUCCGGUAUGUAGUGAACGUAACAUUAAGCCCGAUUUACACAACACAACUUUUGCCUAAAAUUAUCGAAUCAAAUCGAAUUUAUUGCCAUAAAGAAAUAGUAUUACACAAAAAAUACUACAUACUUGGCAGGGGAGCCCAAUAGAAACCAUAAGGCUUAUUAGGUUUGGGCUACCUUAAUCGUAUGCAACCUGUUUACAACUUGAGUUGUACUGUAUAAAUCAAGCACACAACUCAUUUACAACAACGGAGGCGAGUUGUGUGUUUGAUUUACACAGUGUAACUCAAGUUGUAAGCAGGUUGCAAGCGACAGUUUUAGGCAAAACGUUGUGUGGUGUAAAUCUGCCUUUACGAUUGUUGUGGACGCCAACAACCUUUCAGAAAAUUGUUGUAAUAGGGCGCUCAGAUUUUAAAUGAUUUCUGAAAUGUCUAUAGGUGAAGAAAAAGAUGAAUGUAGGUCUCAUUGUUGGAAUUUUGUUCGCUCUUUUCUUUCUGCUGUUUAUUCUCUUGUGGUGGAUCUGGCUGCUCUUGUUUCCCAAGGUAAAUGUCAGUUGUCUUCAUUUAUACUUGGUGAUUCAUCUGUACUUUUAACAAGAAUCACAUAUUCACAAGAAUUUCGUUUUUUGUUAGCCGAAGAAGGAGCCAGUUUCACCAACAUCUAGCACGGUAAGUUAAUUGGAUAAUACAAAAUGCGAAACAAACAAAAUGACAUAGUUUCUACACACCAAAAGCUUUCCUCACAACGCGGGAAGUGCCAUUUCAGGGACUCCUGAUUUCAAAGAGUAUGCACCCUUCGUCUAUGUCAAUUUGUAAUGAAUUCGUUAUCUAGGGGCCGCCUAAAAAGAAAUGGCCGUCUGUGGACACAUCUUACUAUGGUGGAGGAGGGAUAGGAGGAAUUACACCUGUCAAGGUCAGUGUGAAUAAUCUCUCAUUUUUAUUUUUUUUUUAUUUUUAAUUUUUUUUUUAAUUUUUAAAAAUUUGCCUUCACUCUUAAGGCAGGUCUACAGCAAAAGGACACUAAGUCCCUACAAGGCUGGUACACCAGUUGUUCUUGAUCUUUGAAGUAUCUUGUUCAUUCUUGUAUAUUUUGCAAUGAGUAUGAUCACUUUGUUUUUUCAGGUAAAAUGGGGAGACAAGGGCGCGACUGACGCUGGGGCAUUGCUUGCAGCUGCUGAGGUUUGUCUGAAAACUUUUUCUCUUUCAAAACACGAAUCAGACGUCAAAUAUCUAACUUUAAAAUUUUUUGUUUGGCAGUUGAAGAAGAAGAAAGACACUCCAAGUGCGAGUGAAGAGGAAGCGAAACCAUCAUGUUGGGACACUACUAAGGUGCAAGUCAUUUGCAAAUAAUUCAACUUUGUCCUUACGAAAUUUUUAUAACGAGAGACACGAAGGAGUGUUGGUGUCACAGUCUUUAGUGCAUGUGUCUUUCAUCCCUGUGACUGAGGUUCCAAUCCUGUAAUAUCCAGUUGUCUGAUUAUAAUUUCACCUCAGUCCCAUGUGAGAAGAGUGUUUCCAGUUUGACUCUACCAAACAUCACAGAUUUCUUGUAGUUCUGGUGAUGUAGCUAUCCAGUUUAAACAAUAUUUUAUUCAAUUUGUAAUGAUUUACAAAACUAAUCUUUUGAUAUGGUUAUUGUAGGAGAGAUUCCUAGCUUUCCUUGCUCUAUUUCCCAAGGCUUACGCUUGGCUAGCAUCUAAAAGACCUCAGCGUUCUGGAAGCGGUGGGACUGGGGACGAGUAUACACAAGUCCGUCAGGUUUAA